AUGCCACAGAAUCGGCAGGAUAUGCAGUGGCCAUCACAAACAGCAACACAGACUUAUCCAUUAAACCAUCAUCAACGAUUUCACAAGAAACUGCAGCAGCCAAGUAAUGUGAUCCAAUCCUACACACGAAGGAGAGUGGUUGAUCCAGACAUAAAGUUGCCAGAAACUCUGUAUAUCCCUCAAUGUCUUUCAUCUGGCAUGAUGCCAUCUGCCAUAUCCAUUUCCGAUACAAAAGAGGUUCGAGCUACAGAUAAUACAGAUAGCAAUGCAUCUCUAGUCAAAAAGGCGGAUAAAAAAACACAAUCUAUAGCAGCAGCCAAUGCUCGGUUGCAUAGUCAUUAUCUCACCAAUUCAGAGCCAGUAUCCGAACCAGUAUCUGAAUCAGUCUCAAUCGCAAGUACAUCUGUCAGGACAUUUGUUACAACAAAACCAGUGUCAUCAUUAAAUAAGCAGCCAACAAUUGUCAAGCAUGUAAUAGGACCAGGAGUUAGUAUUCCAGACGCAGUUAAAGCUGUCAAGAGCCAGCAGAAAGUUUUGUUUGGAAUGGCUGUAAGUUGA